UCUACCUCGUCAGCGUCCGACCUUUCUUCCCUCGUCGUUCUCGUCGUCCUCGAGCCAUCCCUUGCCGUCACUGAAAACCGGUCUCGACUGCCUGACACGAUUGGGCCCUCAAAAUUAGCAACAGUUGGUCCUUCGCGGCGCUCGUUGACCCCAUCUUCGAGGACCUCGCAUAUGGACAGCGCCCCAAAUUCCACCAACAUCCACACCAUCGUCAAGGCACAAAUCGUAUUUCUUCUCUCUACCCUCACAGAGGACAAUUUCGAACGUAACCAGCUGGAGAUUCGCUCUCUUUCAGAGCAGCAUGGCAUAGAAACCUAUCUUCACUUCAUUCGCCGCCUCAUCGUCCAUUCCCACUCGAACUCUUCGUCGACGCUCACCUUUCGUCUUCUUACCCAAGAGAUCCACCGUAUUUCUCGAGAUCCUUUCCUAGCUGACCGUUUUCGUGACGGUAUUGACAAAGGCGAGGGCGAAAUUUUCAGACAUUUCGAUCUAGUCCGAUUCCUUGAUCGCGUGUCGCUGCGCCCUUUGGAACGCCUCGUCCUCGCCGCCUCUAUCGCUUCAGGCUCCACAAGAAAGGACCUUGUAACGCAGGCCACAUCCAUUAUUCAGAACAACGUCGAGUUUGAAGACGCCGUCCUGAGCCUCUGCCACAACCCUUCCUUCGACCACGCAGACCUUUCCCCUCAUCAGGUCGCAAAACUCAUGUCCAAUCUUCUCUCCGAUCUCCCACAAGAGUCACCUGUCCUCGACCAGUCUCAACGACAAGCUCUCAUCGUUGCUGCACAGACAAAGUAUGGCCAAGAGACGGUUACUCCCAUCCUACAGCGGAUAUUCCCUACAAUGAGCGUCCCUCCCGGCACAACUUUAAUACAAGUUCUUCUGCAACUCGGUCCCGACAUUACCAACGACCCAGAUGUAGUCCGCGCAUUAUUUGUUCGUUUUGGUAUCUCCGACACAAGCCCUCCACGAGAUGAACAAGUCAUCGAAAUUGUAGCCACUCUCAGUCGGAAAGCCACCGAGGGCGCUACAUUAUGCGAUGUUCCUGCUUUAAUACGUGCUUUCAGUAACUUCCAUUCCUCCAUUAAUUGGGCCAAUGUCAUCAAGUCAUUCGAUCAACCAGAACGUCAUGGCAUCGACACGCCUACUCUCAAACUCCUCAUCGCCAUCCUCCUCAAUAGCCCCCGUGACACAGAUUCGCAUGCAGUGACAGGUUUCUGGUCAAUCUGGUCCAACUCCCUCUACCAACUCCGCCUCCUCGACGCCCUUCUUUCCCUACCUGCCGAUACCUUUAACUUUGUUCAUCUUCCCGGUCAAAGAAUCGUCACGCUAGACGAUGUUGUUGUCGCUAGCCCGACAAUCAAAUCAUUGGCAGCCAAUGUUCAGGGUCAUACAUGGAAUUCUUUGGACCUUUUCCAAGUCUUGGUACGCAUGGCCGACUCCGAAUCUACGGAAAUCCGAAACGUUGUUAGGGAUAUGUUGGAUAAGGCAAUAAAGAUCAGCGCGGAACUGGUACACAUGGGGUUGCUACAGGUCCCGGAUGCCCCGUGGAAUGAAAUUCGCUUAGAAUACUCCCGGAAACUUUUGGCCAUGUUUUUAGCUGGCCAUACCAACCAUCAGCUUGUCUUCAUGAGGAUAUGGCAGGUCGACCCUGCCUACCUUGCAAAUGCGUUCCGCGAUUUUUACGAGGAGAAUCAAUUAAACAUCACUCGCAUCCUAGAUGUGGCUCAAGACUUGAAGAUCCUUGAGUCAUUGCUGGAGGUCAGGCCUUUUGCUUUUGCUCUAGACCUCGCUUCCCUCGCUUCUCGGAGAGAGUAUUUGAACUUGGACAAGUGGCUGAUCGACAACGUUGCAGCGCACGGUGCGGAAUUCUUGCACGCUGUCCUGGCGUUCCUUGAAGAAAAGAUGCAAGUCGAGAAAACCAUGCGCAUCGCCGAUCCGCCGCCAGAAAGUCGAACCAUGACUCUCGGAGUCAACACCAUUACCAUCAUUCUACGGAUGUUGAGGGCUAAUCAGAACCAGAUGGACGCAGACGAUCAGCCAUUCUGGAAUGACGUGAAAAACCACUGCCUACAGGUUUACCCGCGUUUGAUGAGCAUGAUUCUUGGUUCUGACGUAGAACCUGGUUAUGCGGUGAUCAACUACUCAGCCGAGAUCGAGUCAGAGGUUGACAGCAUCUACAGGCAGAUGUAUGAUGAAAGUACCUCUAUUGACGAAGUCAUCUCGAUGCUCCAGCAAUACAAAGCCUCUGACAAUACACGCGAUCGUGAAAUUCUCGCCUGCAUGCUCCACUUCCUCUUCGACGAAUACAAAUUUUUCCAAUCCUCAUACCCCAUGCGCGAGCUUCUGAUGACCGGCUAUCUAUUCGGAUCCCUCAUUCAACACAAGCUUAUCGAUUACAUCUCCCUCGGCAUCGCAAUCAGAUACAUCUUGGACGCCCUUGACUGUCCACCGGAGACUAACCUAUUCAAGUUCGGAAUCCAGGCUUUGUCCCAGUUUGAAUCUCGUUUACAGGAGUGGCGGCCCUUGUGCGAGGCUUUGGCCAGGAAUGCCAAUCUUGCGGAGGCACGGCCAGACCUUGUAACCGUCUUGCAAAGGUACCUGGCAUCGACGACUGAUGGAGGACAAUUAGAUGCCCGGCCUGCUUCACUGGCAUCUGAAGCUGUUUCGCCUGUGUUCACUGCGAUUCAACCGGACCCAAUUGGAGGGGAGAUGGAGCAACCACCGGAAGAGUUGUCCGACAAGAUCCUUUUCAUCAUCAAUAAUCUCGCACCCAGCAAUUUCAAUGCCAAGCUUUCGGAGAUGCAAGAGUUGUUCGUAGAUGACUACGCAAGGUGGUUCGCCAAUUAUCUGGUCGACCAGCGAAUCAGCACCGAGCCAAAUAACCAUUCCCUGUAUUUGCGUUUCCUUGACGCACUUGACAGGAAGCCAUUGCACAUGUUCAUUCUGCAUGAAACGCUUGUCAAAUCGAUGAACCUUCUGAACUCCGAGCGGACCUUGAGUUUGGGGUCGGAGCGUACCAUGCUAAAAAACGUCGGAGGUUGGCUUGGUUCCAUUACGCUCGCGAAGGAUCAACCCAUCAAGCAUAAAAGUAUUUCGUUCAAAGACAUUCUCACAGAGGGGUAUGAUGCAGGCAGGACUAUCGUCGCUAUUCCCUUUGUCUGCAAAGUCCUCGAAGCAGGGUCCCGUUCGAAAGUAUUCCGACCACCGAAUCCUUGGCUCAUGGGAAUCAUGAGUCUUCUGGCGGAAUUAUAUUUCUUUGCAGAUCUCAAGCUAAAUUACAAGUUCGAAAUCGAGGUGUUAUGCACAAGCUUGGACAUUGACUUGGAUUCAGUGGAACCCAGCGCGGUUCUGAGGAACAGACCUACCGUUGAUUCUUUGGCCGGACCUCCCUUACCGGAAUAUGUGGAAGACAUCAACUCCUUGCCUAUGGGAGGUUACGAUCCUGUGUCUGGACAGCCCCCUUCUCAAAGCGACUCUCAGCAAGUACUGGGAUUGACCGGGAGUGCUUCGGAUCCCACGACAGAGCUCGGCCCCCUCAUCGAAGCGAUUCUGAACAAUCUCGAAAGAAGUGUGCAGAUCAACCGGCAGUUUUCGUCGUUAGAUAACAGCCCGUCUUUCAGAAGGUCAGUUCAAUUCGCAGUCUAUCGUGCCGUUAGGGACAUCAUUUCGCCUGUGGUGGAAAGGUCUGUGACGAUCGCGGGAAUUUCAACGAGAGAGUUGGUUGCGAAGGACUUCGCUACAGAAGCCCACGAGGAGAGGUUGCGCAAGGCUGCACACUCCAUGACACAGAAACUUGCAGGAAGUCUGGCAUUGGUUACUUGCAAGGAGCCGUUAAAGGUCAGCCUCGCCUCUAAUAUUAGAACUUUGUUGCUCGAACAGGGCUUUGCUGAGGUCUCCCAACAAGCCAACCUGAUCGAGAUUCUGGUGUCUGAUAACCUGGAACUCGCGUGUGCGGCCAUCGAAAAGGCUGCAAUGGAACGCGCCGUGUCGGAUGUCGACGAGGCAUUUUCGGCUGCUUACGAGUCGCGUCGGCGACACAGAGAGACCCGUCCUGGCCAAACUUAUUGGGACUCAACUUCUCAGCCAUCCACCUUCGCCAUGUCGCUCCCCGAACCUCUCAGGAUCAAGGCCUCUGGGGUGCAACCUGUUCAAGUCUCUGUGUAUGAAGCAUUUGGACCCCGCAAGGAUACUAUACAAAACCUCACUAUGAUAAAUGCUAGCAGACCAGGCUCGACCAUGCCUAUCCACAUUCCUGGCAUAUUCCCGCCUUCGCCUGCACCUCCUGAUGCUAUGAACAUCACUGUUGGUCACCAAGAAGCCAUGGAACGAUUCCAAGUCAUGGUUCGUGACCUUGAAGCAUUGAUCACACAACUUCCGAUCCAGUCGUUGGUUCCUCUCCCAGUCAAUCAUGACGUUCGAUUCCUUAUCCGCAAUAUCCUAACAUUGGCCGACAAUGCUCAUGAACGAGGACGCACGCCACUGGCAAUGUCCCAAAAGAUCGUGCAGUUAUUGUACAAGACGCCAACCAAUCUCGGACGUGAAGUCUUCGUGGCUUUGCUUGAAAGCCUCUGUCGCUCAUUCGACGAGGUCGCGAAAGAAGCUAUUACGUGGCUUCUGUACGCUGAAGACGAACGAAAAUGGAACACCCCCGUAACCUACACUCUGUUGAGAAGUCAAUUGAUCAGUGUGUCCCCGUUGGAUCAACAGCUUGCCAAAAUGCUAUUUAUGAACCCUCGACCAAACUUGAUGGACUAUGUCGCAGGCUUGAUUCGGGAAUGCUUGACCAGCGAACCUCCCGUUGCUACCCAAAAUCAAUUUACGUUCUCCAUCGAUGUACUGACAACUCUCUCUGCGAACGGAAAAGCCAACGAAGAGGUUGACAAGUUGAUUGACGACCUCCGGGGUGUCAGACGAGGGACCAUUCGUCAACCAUCCACCAAACCUGGAGUAGAAAACACCAAGGAAAAGUUGUACUUGAGCUUCCAAGGAUGGGUCAACAUAUUCCAACGUUCCCAUUCUCCCGAGAGGAAUUUCGUUACUUAUGUAACGCAGCUCACUCGGUUAGGUUUCGGAAAGGAAGACGAGGUUUCGUUACUCUUUUUCCGGGUCUGUGCGGAGUCCAGUGUCAACCACUACAUGAAGUGCCUCGGCACAGAAGAUUAUGGUAGUGCCUUCAUACAAUUGGAUGCCAUGUCGCGUCUGAUCGUCCUAAUGAUCAAAUACCACGGUGAUGCUUCGGGACAUAAUGAACAAAUGAAAGUUCAUUAUCUAACCAAGAUUCUGUCUAUAUUUGUUCUCGUUCUCGCAAACCUACACGAAGAACAAGGGCCCCGGUUCCAGCAGAAGCCCUUCUUCCGAUUCUUCUCUAGCUUAAUCAAUGAUUUCCAUGCAAUUGAAUCGGCUCUUGGGACUGCAUACUUUCAUCUCUUGAUUUGUAUCAGCGAUGCCUUCAGCUCAUUGCAACCUACCCACUUCCCUGGAUUCUCGUUCUCCUGGAUGUGUCUGAUAUCUCAUCGAUUGUUCAUGCCUAAGCUGUUGCUCUCAGAGAACAGAGAGGGAUGGUCCGCUUUCCACAAGCUCCUGUUGUCCCUCUUCCGCUUUUUGGCGCCGUUCUUAAAAGAUGCAGAUCUCCAACCUGCAGCUCGAGACCUAUACCGAGGAACAUUACGUCUACUCCUCGUCCUUCUCCACGACUUCCCCGAAUUCCUCAGUGAAUAUUAUUUCACCCUGUGCGACGCUAUUCCCGCUCGGUGCAUUCAACUCCGCAACAUCGUCCUUAGUGCUUUCCCGCGUACUAUCGUUCUCCCUGACCCUCAUCUCCGUUCUGUUUCUCUCGAAACCAUGCCCGAAAUGGGCCCCAUUCCCCCCAUCCUUUCUGACUUUACCUCCAGCUUGAAGAACUCUGAUAUUCGGGGCAAUCUGGAUCAAUACUUGCUAAACCGGGGAGCUACCUCGUUCUUGAUGUCGCUCAAAGAAAGACUACGACUCCCUAAUAGCACCGAAGGAGCAACCGAAGGUUACAACCUCUCGCUAAUAAACUGCCUUGUGAUGUACAUUGGAGUCUCCUCUGUUGCCCAAGCAAAGGCCAGAAGCGGUAGCUCAGACUUUAUCUCUACUGAACCAGGUGUAGUUGCUCUACAGUAUUUGGCCAACAAUAUGGACGUCGAAGGGCAACACCACCUUCUCAGUGCAAUGGUCCUUCAUCUCCGAUAUCCCAACGCCCAUACCCAUUGGUUCAGUGCGCUCCUUCUCCAUCUUUUCAAUGAAGUACAGGACGAUGUCUUCAGGGAGGUCAUGACGAAGGUGUUGCUUGAAAGGUUUAUCGUGCACCGUCCUCACCCAUGGGGUGCCCUGGUUACAUUCAUCGAGCUGCUCAGGAAUUCAAAAUAUGACUUUUGGAGCAAAGAAUUCGUUCGGAUUGCCCCCGAAGUUACAAUGCUUCUUGAAAGCGUUGCUACAUCAAUCCUCCAAGAGUAGACCAAUGCCGAUGCUUCCUUCUUCGGUUUUUCUCCUUCUGUCCGUGCCUCGUCUUCUCUAGUUUAUUGUCUUUCUGCUAUCUGCACAUAUAUCUCCUCGUUUAUUUGGGUUAACUGCCUCUUUACUGCACGCUGUAUUGUAACAUUUAUUGUCCGCCCCUUUCAAGCGUUGAAAGGUGUAAAAAAUACUGUUCUCAACUCAAAA